CAACUUAGCACAAUUAGUGUCAAUAAUAUGUCCGCCACACCUACCGCAACGCCCACAGCCAGCACUCGGCCAGGCAUUAGAGAGAACGUAUUGCUGCCCUCAUCAGAUCCAGAGCGUGAGGCGCAAAUUCUGUACGAGAAGUCUCUGCAGGAAUAUCAUGGCAGUCAGCGCGCUGCUGCCAGUGCCAACAACUACGAUGACGUCGACGGCAACGGUGGCAGUGGCAGUGGCAGCGGCAGUGGCAGUGGCAGUAAAACAUCAUCUCGCACACAGCACAGCGUCUGCGAGCUGUGGGUGCAGAAACAUUGCCACUGCAGUGGCAGCCUCGAGAAUCUUAAGUUGAGUUGCCGCAGCAUCGGCAUCCUUGCGGUGCCUGUCAAUUUACCCAGCGAGGUCUCGAUUCUAGAUUUGGGCAACAACAAUUUGACCAGACUGGAGGCCAAUUCAUUUUUCAUGGUGCCACAUCUCGAAGAGCUAACAUUGUCCGACAAUAGCAUCAUUAAUAUGGAUCCGAACACGUUUUACGGUUUGGCCAAAUUGAAGCGUUUAAGCUUGCAAAAUUGCGGCCUUAAGGCCUUGGCGCCGCACUCAUUUCAAGGACUCAGUCAACUAGUCAGCCUUCAAUUGAAUGGCAACGCCCUGGUCAGCCUGGAUGGCAACUGGUUGGGCAACUUGCAGCAGCUGCGCUCCCUGCGCCUCGAGGGGAAUCUCUUCUAUCGCAUUCCAACAAACGCUUUGGCCGGACUCAGAACACUCGAAGCACUCAAUUUGGGCAGCAAUUUGUUGACAAUAAUAAACGAUGAGGAUUUUCCCCGCAUGCCAAACUUGAUCGUGCUUUUACUGAAGCGAAAUCAAAUUAUGAAAAUAUCAGCGGGUGCUCUCAAGAAUUUAACAGCUUUAAAAGUUUUGGAGCUGGAUGAUAAUUUGAUAAGCAGCUUGCCCGAGGGACUUGGCAAAUUGCCCCAGCUGCAGGAGCUUUCCAUGACUAGCAAUCGACUGCGCUGGAUUAACGACACCGAGCUGCCGCGAACCAUGCAAAUACUUGAUCUGCGAGCGAAUCCAUUGUCCACGAUCACAACGGGCGCCUUUCGUGGCAUGGCCAAGCUAAGAAAACUUAUACUUUCCGAUGUGCGCACUUUGAAGAACUUUCCCGAGCUGGAAGGCUGCCAUGCACUGGAGAUACUCAAAUUGGAUCGGGCGGGCAUACAGGAGGUGCCCCCAAAUCUGUGUCGUCAAACGCCAAGACUGAAGAGUUUAGAACUUAAAACCAAUUCCCUGAAAACCAUCCCAAAUUUAAGUAGCUGCAGAGACUUAAGGCUGUUAGAUCUAUCGAGUAAUCAAAUCGAAACACUGCAUGGACGACCUUUUCAUGGGCUAAAGCAGCUGCAUGAUCUGUUGCUCUCCUACAAUCGCAUCAGGUCCUUGCCACAGGAUGCCUUUCAAGGAAUACCCAAACUGCAACUGCUUGAUUUAGAGGGCAAUGAGAUUGGUUCAAUACACAAGGAUGCUUUUUCCGUAUUUACGGCUCUGGAGGAUCUCAAUUUGGGUAAUAACAUAUUCCCCCAUCUACCGGAAGCGGGUUUGCGGGCUUUACUGCAUUUGAAGACAUUUAAUAAUCCGAAGCUGCGAGAGUUUCCCCCACCUGACACCUUUCCACGUAUUCAGACCCUGAUCCUAUCCUAUGCCUACCACUGCUGUGCCUUCCUGCCCCUGGUGGCGAUGUCUGCCCAGCGGAAGACCUCGCAGGUCCAGGAAGCGGUCCUAUUUCCCUCAGAUGCGGAGUUCGAUAUGACUCUGUGGAACAACAGCAUGAUGAACAUUUGGCCACAGAUGCAUAACCUCAGCAAGCAGUUGGGCGCCGCCAUGCACGAUCUGUGGGAUUCACCAAUGAACAACUACAAUCUGAAUGAGGAUUUGCAGCAGCUGCCCACUGGUAGCCAAUCCCCCAGCAGCUACAUGGAGGAGUAUUUCGAGGAACAUGAUGUGAGUGCUCCCGGCACUGGGUACGGUUUUGGGUCUGGUCUAUUUAGUGGCAUUACGGCUGAUGAUCUGCAGCCGGGAUCUGUGCAGUGCUUACCCAUGCCGGGUCCUUUUCUACCAUGUGCGGAUCUCUUUGACUGGUGGACACUGCGCUGCGGUGUUUGGGUUGUCUUUCUGCUGGCACUGCUGGGCAAUGGAACCGUUGUCUUUGUGCUGGUCUGCUCCCGAUCCAAGAUGGAUGUGCCAAGGUUUCUUGUCUGCAAUCUAGCUGCCGCUGACUUCUUUAUGGGCAUAUAUUUGGGCAUCUUGGCCAUUGUCGAUGCAGCUACAUUGGGUGAGUUUCGCAUGUUUGCGAUACCCUGGCAAAUGUCGCUGCUCUGCCAGCUGGCUGGAUUUCUGGCUGUGCUCAGCUCCGAGUUAUCCGUGUACACGUUGGCGGUGAUUACGCUGGAGCGCAAUUAUGCGAUAACCCAUGCGAUACACUUAAACAAGCGUCUCUCGCUGCGCCAGGCGGGCUAUAUUAUGAGUGUUGGUUGGAUUUUUGCACUGAUGAUGGCGUGUCUGCCACUUCUUGGCGUCUCCGACUAUCGCAAGUUUGCCGUCUGUUUGCCAUUUGAGACGACAACGGGUGUGGCGAGUCUAACAUACGUGAUCAGUCUGAUGUUCAUCAAUGGCUGCGCAUUUCUCACACUUAUGGGCUGCUACCUGAAGAUGUACUGGGCCAUUAGGGGUAGCCAGGCGUGGAAUACGAAUGAUUCGCGAAUUGCCAAACGUAUGGCUCUGUUGGUGUUUACGGAUUUCCUCUGCUGGUCGCCCAUAGCCUUCUUCUCCGUUACGGCCAUCUUUGGACUGCAACUCAUUUCGCUGGAGCAGGCGAAGAUCUUUACGGUUUUUGUGCUGCCAUUGAAUAGCUGCUGCAAUCCGUUCCUCUAUGCCAUCAUGACCAAGCAGUUCAAGAAGGAUUGUGUUACGCUCUGCAAGCAUUUCGAGGAAACACGUGUGGGUGGCGCCGCCACGGCCGCUCGUGCCGCUCGCGGAGCCGGCAAACGGGGAGCGGGCGGUGAGCUGCCGCCACCUUUGCUACCUGUCACGGGGGUGGCACAUCCGCCGGGCUGCCGCUGCCUGCGCAUGCUGCCCAGCGAGAUGCCCAAUUGGCAUAAGAUGGAGCGUGAGCCGACGCUGUGGCAGCGACUCAAGCGUCUCUGCUGUGGCAAGCAUAGUCGCAAGCAGCGACGCCAGCCGCAACAGCGACGUCAGCGUGCCUACACAGCAGCCGCCGCCAAUCCGUAUCAGUAUCAGUUUGCGGAGUUGCGACAGCAGCGCAAGAAUCGCGCCAGUUCCAUUUCCAGCGAGAACUUCUGCAGCUCGCGCAGCUCCAGCUGGCGGCAUGGUGCCAACUCAUCGACACCGGCACCCCAGGCGAACUGCAGCAUGCCACUAAAGCUGAUGGAACCCGGCCAGGGUCAUGCCCAUGGCAGGCGACGUCACUCUGCCUGGCUAAUCACCAGAAAGACCUCCCAGGACUCCAAUCUAUCCAGUUCGCGCAACGACUCUUCAGCAUCGGCCACAACAGCCAGCACUUCCACAUUCCGACUGUCGCGCUCCAGUGCCGGCAGCAGCACUCCACUGCCCUCCAUAGCUCACAAUGGCAAGCAGCAGCAUGAGGCAUUGAGCAAGCCGCGACUGGUGCGCCAGGAGGCGGUGCAGGAGGAGGAGGAUUCUUCGCCGCCACGUCUGGGUGUGCGAUUUCUACCCACCAUUCCCUCCGCCGCAGACAGUUCAGUUGUCUUGGAUGAUGGGGAUUCGGCGGGCGGUGCAUUUAUGGGCAUGCCGCUUCCUGGAGUCUCGAGUGGUUUUCUCGUGAUGCAUUCGCCACCAGCAGCCCAAAUGCAGCCGGAAAAGCCACCACCAGCGCCAAAUGAUGCACCGCCGCCGCCAUGACCGGGUAGCUCUCCGAGGUCUUGGGGUAGCUGGAAGCGAGAGGGUUGGGGGGGAGUGGGAGGAGGCCAAGAGGAGACCUUCUUGUAA